CUCACAUACCCGCAUGUAAGUGUGAGAACCAGGCUAAGCUAAAAAUCAGAGAAGAUGUCUUAAUAAUAUUGUCCUAGAGUGUGUUAUUUUCAGGCUUACAUGCAGCUUGAUUAUGUUUGGUGGUGAUACAAUGGCAGUUACAAGGUUCCAUCCUUAUCAUGGGCAGAACAUUCGCCUGUUUCAUGAUAACAUGGUUGCCUUACGUGAGACAAGUUUUGCUCAUGCAUUGACUUUUAGUGAAAAGCAUUUGCAGCCAGGAGAGAUCUUCUUAGUUGAAAUAGAAAAAAAUGAAAGAGGUUGGAGCGGACACAUGAGAAUUGGACUUACACAAUUUAAUCCAUGUGACAAGUUUGAGCUUCCACAGUAUGCAUUGCCUGACUUGCACAAUAUGGGAAAGUCAUGGAUAUUUGCAGUGACUAAGUCACACAAUAAAGUCUACUCUGAACAUGACACAGAGGAGGAAGGUGUGCCAUAUCAGUCAGUAUUGGGUAGUGAUGCAGAGGUUGUGCAUACACCAAGAGGGUCUUUUAGUCGUAGUCUUCUUUUACCUCUUGGAAAAUUAAAUCUUCAGAAUCGUAAUGGUGACAAUAUCAGUGCUUCUCAGAAAGACAAUGUUCUUCCCACUGAUGUUGGGAGUAGAAUAGGAAUCAUGUAUACUGUUGUUAAUAAUUCUGCCGAAAUGCAUUUUAUCAUUAACGGUGAAGACCAAGGACCAUGUGUACGCAAUAUUCCGUAUAAUAAUGGUGCAUUGCAUGCAGUGGUUGAUGUUUAUGGCACAACCAAGCAAGUACGAAUAAUUCAACUAUAUGGAGUAUCAUCAUUACAGAAUGCAUGUCGUAAUAGAAUUUUACAGUUGAUUGCCAAGAAAGACAUUUCUAAUCUUCCAUUACCUACAAAACUCAAACAGUUCCUCAAUUAUGAAUUAUAGUGCUAGGAAAAACUAGUCCAAUGACCAUGACUAAAUAAUCAUAAUUGUUCAUAAAGUUGUAGAUAUGUCCUUUUCAUUGUUUUGGUUGUUUAUAAAUAUUUUGUUAAUUUUAUUUCUUAAAAAAAACAUAUGUAAACGUAUAUUUUGCUUAAUGCUCAUGGGAUUUAUAUAAAGAAUCGACAUAACACGCAAGUUUAAAAUCACUCUUGUUUGAGUUGAUUGGAAAACUGAGAAACAUGUUGAUUCAAAUCUAGGUAACACUCAUGUAUCAUGAUCCUGUUAAAUAUACUUUUGAGAGGUAUUUCAAAAUGAAUCACUCAAAACAUUAGCAUACCCCCUCAAAUGAAUUUAACUGAUUUUUUUCUCUGUACUGUACCUAUAUGUAUGUAUUACAUGUAUAUACAGUACCUGAUGUUUUGAACAUUAAUAUCAAAUUGUAUAUAUAGUAUAAUGCUGUUCUACUAAUUUUGAGUCAUUUUGACUGACAUUUAAUUUAGAGUGUUUGCAUAGGCGGAUCCAGGGGGGGGCCCGGGUCCCCCCUUUUGUGGGAAAACUUUGGUUGAUUGUAUAGGGAAUCAUUGAAGCAUGACUGGAGCGGGCCCCCUCUUAGGUCAGUCAGAGGGCCCCCCUUAGGAAAAGUUCUGGAUCCGCCACUGGUUUGGCUACAUUUUGGUUCUUGAUACACAACUCUGAAACUUAUUCUGAUAUCUCACUUCUUACCUUGUAAAUCUUUAUUCAGCAACACUAUAUGGUCACAAUGACCUACUUUUCAUAUAAAAGUGAUUUUUGGUAAGGUUUUACAGUAUUUAAAGUUUCAUUUCUCAAAACCUGAAGUCUUAUUUCAUUUUCAACCAUGUUAAACAAUAUUUAGGUCACUGUGAUCUAUUUUUUUUAAGUUGGAUAUUUUUGAUUGAGUUUAAUUUCUUAGUUCUUUUCUCAGGAGGUCUAGUUACAUAGACAAAUGCAGGGAAUCUCUCGCUACAUUGGAGACCUAUUGGUGACCUUCUACUGUUGUUUUUUUUCUAUGGUUGGGUUGUUGUCUCUUUGACACAUUCCCCAUUUCCAUUCUCAAUUUUAUAUAAUAAAUCUAUCAUUACUAUAGUGGUCUUGCAAAGUAAAAUAUUGUUUGCACUAUUUAGGUCACUUUGACCAUAUUUUUUUUAAAGCAGGACAUCUGUGUCUUACAGAUAUAUUAACUUGUUUAAAAGACAAACCUAUUUCAUUUGCCAUGUUUAAAAAUCAAAUGGCAUAUUUUAGUCUUACCUGACAAGUUACCUCUUUUGUUUUCAUUUCCAUGAAAUGAUCUUCAGAUUGUUGUUAGAAUUUCACUAAUGUGAACCUCUGUUUUAUAAAUUUUGAAACACAAAAUGUUUUAUUGCUGCAGUCAUUUGUUAUUUGUACACUGUGAUUGUAUGUAAUUAAAAAUUGUAUAUACAGAUCUUUUGGCCAGUAUAUACAUGAAUGAAUGUUUAGUAUACAUAUACAUGUAUGUUUAAAAUAUUACUGCUAUUUGUAUGAGUGAUUUGCAUAUUUUUUUCAUUAUUUUGUAAUUUAAAUGUUAAGUUGAUACUUUAGAUAUCAUUAAGAAAUAUUUUACAGAUUUUUUCUCUAAUAUUUCAUACAUAUGUAUUUUUUUUAUAUUGAUCCAUUGUUAUUUAGGUGCAUUUUUUUAAGUGCUAACAUUUUAUUAACAUCCUCUUUUCACAUAUAAAUCACUUCAUAGUAAAUUAAAGCAAAUAUUUAAACAUUUCAAUUUAAAAAGUAUAUAAUUAACCUUUAACAUUUUUUUAUUCUAUUGUUGGGAUGCUUUCUCUGAUUUUUACCCCAAAUCUUGUUUAAUAUGUAAUACUAAAUUUCUUUAUUAUAUUCAAACAAGCAAAAUUAUUUGCACAUUUUAUGAAUAAUUGCAUUAUGUCCCACUUAAUUCAAAUAAGAAAAAAACGAACUACCGGUAAAGGUAUACAAAAAGAGGAUAAGAAAUCUUAACUGUUUUGUUUUGCUAAAAUGCUUGUAAAAUGUAUAUGUAAGAUGCACAUGUCCACCUAUCAGUGUGAACUCAGUUUUUCAUAUACGUUUAUAAUGUUCUUAAAUAGAAAUAAAAAAUUACUUUUCUGCAAUUGAAGUUGUCUAAUCUGAUGAUGUCACAAAUUUUUGAUAAUGAUACUUUUGUUAAAGAAAAUACUGUUGCUUGAUACAUGUAUGAAUAAUAUAUAAAGCAAGAAAGUUAGCUAUUCUGAUCCAAGAAUAGUGAAUUUAUUGUUUUGUUGAUUAUUGGUAAAAGUUUAUAUUGAUAUACUCAUGUUAGAACUUUUAAGGCAAAUAAUGUUUUUGUGUAUAUAUGUUGGGAAAUUCAUUAUUUCCUACUCUGUUUUGGCUGAACAUAUUUUUGUAUAGAUGUACAAUGUUAUAUUAAACUCAAAUGGUGGGCUUUUACCACCAUUUUGCAUUAAUCAGUAAUCAUUAGUAUCAGUAUACUGUAGAGAUGAAUAUUUCAUUGACAGUAUUUGUUUAGUUUGUGGAAAAUACUCUUUUUCAUUUGAAUUAUCACAGGCAUGAUAAGUGCCAGUCUUUGUAAGAAUCAGACAUUUUAGAAUAAUUUCAAAACAUUACAGAAAAAAAACACCAACCUAACCAUCCUAUUUUUUGAAGUUGCCCCUCAUCCUAAGUUAGAAAUAGUAGGUCUUUAGUUUCUGCAUGUCUGUUUUUUUUAAAAUAUCUAGAUAACUUUUAAGUGAUAAUGAUAGAAAAUUACAGAGUAAGCUCCCCUUAAUUUCUACCAAAUCAUAUCUUGAAAUACCAGGUUAGAUAAGAAAACAGAUUUAAUAUUAUAUUCAUUUAACAUGCACAAUGAACUUGAGCAGGUUUUUGUUUGUCAUGUUUUCACCGCUGCCCAAAUAAUUUUUAUUAAAAAAUUUUGAAAUGCUCUGAAAACCUUGCUUAAGAUUUUUUAAGUACCAUCUUAGGGGAACAUAUCAAUUGAUUGGGGUUGUGUGGUAGAACUUAUAUGUCAAAUAUAUUUGACAGCAACCUGUAUAUCAAUGUGGUUUUAUUUUUGCCCUUAAAUACAUCAUCAUGCAGCAUUAUACUUAGAAUAGCAUUGUGUGUGUGAUGUAUGAUUAAUAAAAAUUUGAAAAUAAAUAUAUAGAAAUA